AUGACGGAGGCGAUGGUAAGGAAGAAGCCAGGAAUGGUGAGUGUGAAGGAUAUGCCUCUGCUUCAGGAUGGUCCGCCACCGGGUGGGUUCCCGCCGGUACGAUAUGCUCGCCGGAUAUCCAACACGGGUCCUAGCGCCAUGGCUAUGUUCCUUGCGAUGUCUGGUGCCUUUGCUUGGGGAAUGUACCAGGUCGGACAGGGAAACAAAAUCCGCAGGGCGUUGAAGGAAGAGAAAUAUGCUGCUCGUCGAGCAAUACUUCCCAUUCUUCAAGCAGAAGAAGAUGAAAGGUUUGUGUCUGAGUGGAAAAAGUAUCUGGAAUACGAGGCUGAUGUAAUGAAGGAUGUUCCGGGAUGGAAAGUUGGCGAGAACGUGUACAAUUCUGGCCGUUGGAUGCCACCAGCGACUGGGGAACUCCGUCCUGAUGUCUGGUGA